UCUUUUUCUUUCUACACUUACGACCAACAACUGGAUUGGUUUUAACAUAAAACAGUAAGUUAUUAUUAUUUUUUUUGAAACUUUCGAUUUAGAUCAGUAGGGCUAUUUUGAGCAGGUGGACGUCGCCUACCUGUUUUUGAACUCGCAUCGUCGAAGAGGAAGAAAGGAAAAUGGCCAACUCCGGUUUGCAGAUGUUGGGAUUCGUCCUGGCGCUUCUUGGCUUAAUUGGCUUAAUAGUGGGCACAAUUUUACCCCAGUGGAAGAUGUCUGCUUACGUCGGAGACAACAUCAUCACAGCGGUGUCCAUGUACGAAGGCCUUUGGAUGUCCUGUGCCUUCCAGAGCACGGGCCAGAUCCAGUGCAAGGUCUACGACUCCAUCCUCCAACUCAACAGUGCCCUCCAGGCAACCCGCGCCCUCAUGAUCGUGAGCAUUAUCGUAACGGUGGCCGGCUUGGGCGCGGCCUGCAUGGGGAUGAAGUGCACCAACUGUGGUGGAGAUGACAAAACACGCAAGUCUCGCAUUGCCAUGACUGGUGGCAUUAUCCUACUGAUUGGCGCUUUGUGCUCAAUUGUUGCCUGCUCUUGGUACGCUCAUGACAUCAUCCAAGCCUUCUACAACCCUUUCACCCCAGUCAACACCAAGUAUGAGUUUGGGUCGGCCAUCUUCAUUGCCUGGGCCGGAGCCUUCCUGGUUGUAAUCGGGGGAGGCAUGCUGGCAGCUUCGUGCCCAAGAGGCAAAGCUACACCAAAGUAUCCCAUCUCCAGACCUCCUAGCAGCACCAAGGAAUAUGUUUGAGCAGGAAAGUGGAAGUCAAAAAGACGAUCCAUACCCGUGUUUUUAAUUUAUUCAGGGCAAUGUUUAGAUGUUACUGUAACAUUUUAACAACCACAUUAAAGCUGUUAACUACCCAAGAGACUACAUUUGACAAUGUACCGUCUGGAACUAUUCUGUCAAAUCUUAGACAUGUAUAUUCGUAACACUCCAGCACUAAAAUUUGACAUGAAAGUCAAAAACCCUGUUGUGAUCCCAUUGGCCAUGCUUAAAAAUAGACACCAUGUUACACUGUGUUCUUUGACCAAUGCUUUAGGAUGUAUAAUGUUAGUGAAAGGAAUAUGAAAGUGCUGGACUUGGAACAGAGCGUGCAAGCAAUAUUUAAAACCGCUCACAACUUUCAGGCUAAAUGCUUGCAAAAGUCAAUCUGUCAAGACUACAAAUGUUUUUUGUUUGUGCCUUUUAUUUAUACGAACAAGACAAAUGAUUCAAGUACCACAGUUGACUCCUUUUAAUCAAGUGCCAGAGUGAAAUGAUUAAUGUACAAUAUUGAUUUCUUUCAGCAAGAUUGCCAGUUGUUUCUCUCCGUCAUAACGACACAACAGAGCUGUUUGGUGAGACAAUUCCUGUGUAUGUUAACGAUUAUACGUGUACUCCUGUUUUUUUAGUCAUGGAUGUUGCACUCCUUUUUUAAAAUGCUUUUUUUUUUUAUUUGUGAUAAGUUUGUGUUGUACAUAAAGUGGAAAUAACAAAUGUAAUUGUCACUUAAAUGUUUUUUGACAUUUAAUAAAAAUCCAAGACAUGAAAACUUCCCGAA